GCUGGCUUGGCGUUAGCUUAUUUGGAUGGAAAAUCAAGAAAAAUCAAUAAUGCGACUAUUUCUUUUGAUAUUAUGUAUCUUUCCACAGCUUAAAGCUGAAAAAGAAGCAUUUUCUGAUUUGUAUGACUUGCUAAACAACCCUGACAUUGUAGAAAAGUUAGAGAAAAGACUGGGUAUAUCGGACAAUGAUGACCCAGGUCAGUUUCCUCAGCCUGUGUACCAGAAUCAGUGUAGGUCUUUGUCAGGGGCCUUGCCUGGCGAUUGCAAUUUUAAUGCUAGGAACAAUUCCAUAAUAAAGACAGAGGAAUCUCUUAAUCGUGGAGCAAUAUUCAUUGACAAUCAUUCCAAUGUUAGCUGUCCAAGAGAUUGUACAGAAUUAUGUUGUCAAAAUAAGGAAUGUGACACAGCCUUAUUCCAGGACAAGGAAGAGCAUAACUGCUACUUAUUCCAAUGUGGAGACUCCAGCAUGUGCAUUUUCACAGAGCACAAGGACUAUUGGAUGAGCUCUGUAUCGAAGCACACUCACAGCUCCCACAGCUAUACCCCUGGUGGGGCCACAUACAGCCAUGAGAACCAACUACAAAACCUUGGUAACCAUGACAGUGACGUGCCCAAAGUCAAGGUUACAACGACUCCUGUACCAGUUUCAUCUACAACAACAACAACAGCCACAACCACAACAGAGCGAGUUACCAAAGCCUCCGUUUUACCAGGUUUGGGGCAGUACUGCAAGUCGUAUGAGUCACAGUGUGGUGAUCUCCACGCUGAGUGCCUCAUGAAGAAAUGCCAGUGUCGCAGUGGCUAUCAUGCUAAAAAUGACAUGUGCAGGCAGAUCUGUCACAAUGAUGAGUUUGAGUGUGAAACGUUGCCAGUCGGUUCCAGCUCCCAUCAGUGUCUGCCAAUCCGCUAUAUGUGUGAUGGGAGACCAGACUGUGCUGAUGAAUCUGACGAACAGGAUUGUGCCGAUAAAGGCAAACCAGGAUCAAAGCCAGGAAGUGAACAUCCAGAUGAUAAAACUUCCGCUGGGGACUCAGGGGGUUUGCCAGAGAGACCACUGGCUCCAGUCACUCAGGGACCACCAGCACCCAUCACCCCUGUCCAGCCUGUUGUUACAGAUGCAGUAACAAAGUCUCAGCCCACUCCUGCACCCCAAGCUCCAGUUUACACAGAGGAAUCUCAUGAUCAGGGUGAAGAGAUGAAUGCAGAUGAAACAGCCUCUAGUGAUAAUGAUCAGAAUCAGUCCAAUGAAAUACAGACAAAUGAAAAUGAUUCUAAAGUUAGUAACAGUACAGACACAAGUGGAAGUGGUGAUGGGAAAUCAGAAUUCCAUAUAUUGAAUGAAGACUUGAUAGAAGUAGAGACAUACACAGACGGCUCACAGGGGCCGAUAGUUGCCCUCUCCCUUGGGUUAGCAAUAACGCUCAUGUUGUUGAUCUUUGUUGGCUGUAGGUUACGGACUGUGAAACGAAGAUUACGGAAGGGCAGAGCACUUCACACAAAUGAGGCAGAUUACCUUAUAAAUGGAAUGUAUUUAUAACACAGAUAUUGAACAUGAUUUCAGUUGGAAUUAUUUUAAGGAGUAAAAAUUAUGUUUGAUUGAAGAAAACAGCUCAUGAUUUGAGUACAGAAAUCCAUCAAAAUUAUUAUAAUAAUAUUCCAAUAAUAUUAGUCUUGUAUGUGAUGGGUCUGUGAUAUUUAUUCAUCUAAUGAUGAAUGUUUUCAUUAUAAAAUGUAGCAUGUAUUAAUAUGUAACAUGUAUUCAUAAAGAUAUCAAGUGUUUCCUUUGAUAUUAUUUAUAACAUUGAUGUGUUAAAUUUUACUUACUUCAAAAUACACUAUGAACAAUUGGUAAAACUCCAUUGUAUUGAACAAAAAAGACAUUUUUUUUCAAAUUUCUUCAAAUUUUGUUUUAAAAAAAGAGAAAAGAUCUGUAGUCUUCGAAAUUGUCAUUGUUUCAGUCUGGUUAAGUUGGUUGUUACGGAGGACAAUUCUGUAUGAACUUGUUAUUAUGAAUCAGCAUGUAGAAACAAACAUUUCAUUAUCCCACCAUUUUUAGAGUUUUGUUGCAAAACAUGUGUGAGAAAUAUUUUUGUAUUUUAACACUUCAUUUAGUUUGUUAUUAUGUAAUCCUAUAUGUGAUGGUGUUAUAAAAUCAUAUAGUUUUUCAGUUAUGUCUAUAUUAAGUUUAUGUUGACUGUUGAGAGACAUGUAUAUGGAUUUGGGAGAUAUAUGGAUCUGAAUCAAAAUACUACAGAAUCUCAGUCAAAAUGUUGGUUACUAUUUGUGAGAAGUCAGGAGCCAGUUUGUUUUAUGCAUGCUAUCUAGAAUGAUGUGGUUGUUGUGUGUUUGUGUGUUGAUGAAAGUGGGAGGUUGAUAACCUUGACAGUACUAACUAUUGGAAUGAAAUGGAAGAAUAUUUAACAGUUUAGUUUACCAUAGUCUUUGCUUACCGGUACAUAACUUGAAGAUGGUUUUAGUAAGUUACAUUUAAUUUAUUUCUUAUUUCAAAUCUAGACAAGAGUUUGUAAUAACCAAAAAUUGGACUAUUAAAUAUGCUGACAUAACCGUCAGACAUCUUCAUGUAUUGUAAUAUUUUAAUAGCCAGACUAAAAUUUACAUGUGUUGCUGCUCUGUCAAUAUUGCAGAUAUAUGCUUUUUAAAACUAAAUUGAAAGUGUGUCCCUGUCAAGUGCAUGACUUGUUGGCCCCUGAUCUGUGUUGACAUUAUUCUGUGUUAGUCUACAAGUGUACAUUCUACUUAUUUGAUUUCAUAUACCUCUAUCUCUCUAUGUUUUUGUAUUUCCCAGACAUUGUCCAAGACAUUGUCUCCAGAAGGCACCUACAGCUGACUAUUGUCGUGCAUUAAUAUUGCAUUUAUCUGUUGUAAAUGCAUUUAAAUAGUGUACAUUUGUUUUAAUUAUUUUGUUUCUAUUGUUGUUGUUUCAUAUCCAUGGUAUUAUCCUUAAGUUGGGUGUUUUUUUGAUUAUUCAUGUUAUAAUAGUUUAUACCUUAAGUAUGCUUGAACGAUACAAUUAAUAUUCAGAUAUUUUACUGCACAUUCAUUCCAGUUAUACUUUGUGUUGGACCAAAUAUGUAACAGGUUCUUUAAAUUUUAUUUUUGUUAAAUAUGUCUAUGUUUUUUCAUACAUGUUAAUGCGUGCAAUAUAGUUAACAACAAGUCUGCUUUUAGGAGCCACAUUUCAUUUCCUUGUUAUUUUAUUAAAUAGUAUAGUUCUUUUAAGAUAAAGGUAUUCUUUAUGGAUUAUUAUUUUUUACAUUAGCACAACCAUGAUAUUUUUUUCUUGAGAGAACAAUUAUUUUUUAGUUGAGAAAUGUUGUGAAUUAGAAUUAUUAUCAGUCAGCUGUGUUUCUUACAAAAUACGCAAAUACACGUUCAC